AAAAUUGUUUUAGUAACUGGUGGUGGAAGUGGAAUUGGAUAUGUGAUUGCCAAACAAUACUUAGAGUUGGGUGCUACAGUAGGUUUUCCAGGUAUGGUGCACACAGGUGCAGCACGAGCUGGCGUGGAUAAUAUGACCAAAACCUUAGCUAUAGAAUGGACAAGAUAUAAUAUUAGAAUUAAUGCCGUUGCACCAGGAAUUAUUUUGUCUUCUGGAUUAGAUACUUAUCCUCCAGCUAUUUUAAAAGGCAUUACAGAUUCUAUUCCAAAUAAAAGAAUGGGUAGCAUGGAAGAAGUAGGUUGGUCUGUGUUGUUUCUUUCUUCGCCAAUGGCUACUUAUAUUAAUGGCGAAACAUUAUACGUAGAUGGUGGCAACAGACUUUGGGGCGACCAAUGGAAAAUG